AUAAGAGGUUGGGCUUUGGAUAGAUAGACAGACUCCUGGGUCCGGUCAACCAUCAAAAUGUCCAAAGAACCUCUCAUUCUCUGGCUGAUGAUGGAGUUUUGGUGGCUUUAUCUGACACCAGUCACUUCAGAGACUGUUGUGACGGAGGUUUUGGGUCACCGGGUGACUUUGCCCUGUCUGUACUCAUCCUGGUCUCCGAACAGCAACAGCAUGUGCUGGGGGAAAGACAAGUGCCCCUACUCCGGUUGCAACGAGGCGCUCAUCCACACUGAUGGAACGAGGGUGACCUCAAGAAAGUCAGCAAAAUAUAGACUUCCGGGGAGUAUCCAGAGAGGCAAUGUCUCCUUGACCAUCUUGAACCCCAGUGAAGGUGACAGCGGUGUGUACUGCUGCCGCAUAGAGGUGCCUGGCUGGUUCAACGAUGUAAAGAUAAACGUACGCCUGAAUCUGCAGAGAGAUGUACUUGCAUUAUAUUCUUUUUCCUCCAUCUCCGCUUGGUGCCAGACAUGUCUGUUGUUGGUUACAGCCUCGACAACCACACGCAGAACAAGAACAACGAGCCCCCCCACCACCCCACACGUGACAACAACCAUAGCUGCACUUCCAACAACAGUCGUGACCACACCAGAUCUCACAACCGAAACACCACUUCAGAUGACAACCACUGCCGUCUUCACAACAGCAAACACGUGCCCUUCACCAACCCCAAGCACCCUUCCAGAGGCAGCCACAGGUCUUCUGACUCCUGAGCCUUCUAAGAAAGGGCCCAUCCUCACUGCAGAAUCAGAACCUGUCCUCCCCAGUGACUCCUGGAGUAGUGCCGAGUCUCCUGCAGACACUGUCCUGCUGACAUCCAGAGAGUCCAAAGUUUGGGAUCUCCCACCAACAUCCCACGUGUCGAUGUGGAAAACGAGCGAUUCAGUGUCUUCUCCUCAGCCUGGAGCAUCCGACACUGCAGUUCCUGAGCAAAACAAAACAACAAAAACAGGACAGAUGGAUGGAAUGCCCAUGCCCAUGAAGAAUGAAAUACCCAUCUCCCAACUACUGAUGAUCCUCGCCCCCUCCUUGGGAUUUGUGCUCUUGGCAUUGCUCAUGGCGUUUCUCCUGAGAGGGAAACUCAUGGAAACCAAUUGUUUGCAGAAACACACAAGGCUAGACUGCACUGGAGAUAGUAAAAAUGUCCUCAAUGACAUGCGGCAUGGAAGGGAAGAUGAAGAUGGACUUUUUACCCUCUAACAAUGCAGUAGCAUGUUAGAUUGAGGAUGGCGGCAUGACAAUCAAGUGUCAAAAUAAGUCUUAGGAGGUUUCUUUGUUUCAUAAAAAGGAUUCACUUAUUC